UCAGAAAUAUCACUGUAGAAGCAGUAGCAGUUUCACUCGGCUCGGACAGUCCAUCCUGCAAAGAGGCACGCUGUUGCUGCUCUGUGAUUUGAGGCAGUAAAAGCCAUGUCUUUGGUAGUCUACACUCUGCUCAUCAUCCUGUGCAAUGUUUGGUGCUUGAUCCGUGGGACUUCUGUGGCGGUCCCAGACGUUGCUGUAAGGUGUGCUGAAGAAGUGCUGCUGCCCUGUAAGGUUCUUCAGGACGCCUCAAUCGCCUACCAGACAGCGUCUUGGUAUAAAAUGGCUGGAGACGGGAAAGGAAUAUCAUGGGAAGUCCUUGAUGUGGAAUCUCAUUAUCCAAAAGAACUUGGGGGGUCCUUGGAGCUCUCCAACGACACCUUCUUUUCACUGAGGAUCAGAAAUGUUACCAGCCGGAACAGUGGGACAUAUAAGUGCACUUUGGGGGAACAGAGUGGAGAACACAAUCUAAGCAGCACGGUCACAUUAAAAGUAACAGGUUGCCCUGGAAUAGAAAAAGAAAAAUUUAAAAAGUACAAGGGCGAACUCUUCAUGCUGACUUGCCUUGGGAUUUUUUACUUGCUGCUCAUCUUCUUUACCUGUACAUGUCUAAGAAAAGAGAGUAUGUCUCCCAACUACCAAAAAACCGGACCAGAUAUGGAACACACGCUCACCCUCAUCAAUGUACGUGAAAUGACAACUUUCCGGGAUUUAAACAGCAGCAGCACUUGCAAAAAUGAGCUUACUUCAAGUUCUGUCUAAGUUAACGUUGAUGACACUGUGGGCUCAUCAGUAAACAUCCAGCAAGCUGGAUGGCUGAGUGGUACGGAGAGGAAAUGAGUGAUAAUAUGUGGUCUCUUCAGAACAGCCUGAAAGUAGGGGUAACUUGUCAGUGAUCUGUUUGU